AACAAUACAUCUGCUCCAGCAGAAAUUCAUACCUCGGUUGAAGAGGCAAAAAAAGCUGAAGAAACAGCGCGUCAAGAACGAAUUGAAGAUAAACAAGCCGAAUUAAACGCACAUAAUGAAGCAAAUCUAUUUAAAAAAGAAAUAGAACAUAAAGACAAAAAAUGA